AUGCUCGCGGUCGUGGUUCUCACCAUCCUGUGCCUCAAGUUCGAGUUCUACUUCGAGGAGAGCCCCUUCGCGGCGUUCACGAUCAUCGGCACGCUGAACUCCCUCAUCACCGUUUUCCGUACCUCGCAGGCGUACCAGCGUUACUGGGAGGCGCGCUCGCAGCUGGGCCUGCUCAUGGCCGGCCUGGUGGACACGGCCAGCUGCGCCACGACGUUGCUGGACUCCGGGGCGAGCCAGGACGGCGAGUGGCGGGCGAGCUGCAAGGCGGAGCUGGCCCGCCUGCUGCGGCUGUACAUGCGGGAGGCCACCCAGUUCUUGCGCACGAGCUCGGCGGAGACCAAGGUCCGGAGCUUCUAUCUGGGGACACCGAGGCAACCCGCAAGAGGGUGA